AUGUCCGACGAGGAAGAAGCUCCACUCCCCGCAACCAUCGAGAUCAACAACAACGCCGUUCUCAUCCGUAACAUCGAAAUCAUGAUGGAAGAGUUGGGAUUGCCUGACCGUGAUCACCACGCCGCCAAUGUGAACGCCGAUGCUGAGGUCGUGGCAGCAAGGAGAUCAGUUGCGCAAGCGAAGGAGCUGCUGAAGCUUGCGGACGAACGUUUCCAUCGUGUGCAUGAUAUAUCCAUUGCUCUGGGUGCGGAGAAGGGUAGGAAGAUUGGAGCCUUACGUACGCUGAUGAGGAAGACUAAAAACGCUAUGCGGGAAGAGGGGUGGGCAGAUCUUGGGGAGGCAAGUGAAGAACAUGGUGACAGCUCUGAUAGUAGCUGA